AUAAGACAUGUCUUUUUACUCAGGAACAUUUUAUGAUUGUUUAACAUCGUUCGGCCUUUUUGUCUGUCCUCAAGGGAUUUUUUUACAAUGAGAAAUAUCGGGAACUAUUUGUUCAUUGUAACCUUGACUUAGCAUUUUACCAAAGGAAAUGUGACUUUAAUGUGUAUCACUUUAUGCUUAUUUCGAGUUUAUCAUUGUGCCUAUCCUAUCCACAGUGUGCAGCCAUGGUUGAUUAUUUAUGUAUUGUUACAAUUUGACCAGAGUAAAUGUGAAUGUGAUUGUAAUUUAUUUAUAUAUAUAUAUAUCAUUUAUCUUAGAAUUUAUUAAAAAUGUUUAGUACCGUGCCAGAGAAAGUAUGACCACCAAUCAAGUAUUAUGCAGGGUUGUACGAAUUUGGGAUUGUGCAUUUAGCAGAGUUUGUCAUUGGAUUAAGUAAAUACUGUAGCCUAUCGUUAGCCUAGUGGAAAGGUGUUUGACUUUCAAUUCUCAAGUAAAAGAAACUGCAUGUGCAUACCAGAGGAGAGGGAUGGAAGUAGCUAUAGAAGGAUGGGGUCAUUGUAAUGGCUGGAAUGGAGUCAAUGGAAUGGAGUCAAACGUGGUUUCCAUAGGGUUGUGUUUGAUACCGUUCCACUUAAUUCCAUUGCAGGCAUUACAAUGAGCCCGUGCUCCUCCCACCAGGCUCCUCUGACACACACGCAUAAACAGGUUUUCCACACACCCAUGCAUAGGCCAAUUCUACUACCGAUGAAUACAUACCUCCUUCACGGAAAGGGAACUGGUCAUUAUUUUAGCUGAAAUGAAACUCAAAGGAGAAAAGGAAUGGGACAAAGUAAAGGAUGCCCAUAUGAGCCCAGAGUAAAGGAAGUUCACAUCAUCUGAAAGGUUUAAAGGACUCCAGCUCCAGACAUGGCCUCCUCUUCCUUACACUCCGUCAACAUGGACACCCCCAUUCUGAUCAAGCACCAUCUCUACUGCUCUAUUUGUCUGGACCUGUUUGAAAACCCCGUCACCACCCAAUGUGGCCACAGCUUCUGCCAGUCCUGCCUGGGCCGCAACCUCCACUUGAAUGACCUCACGUGCCCCCUCUGCAAGAAGCAUCUGAGGGGUAACCCGCAGGUGAACAUCAUCCUCAGGUCCCUAAUCCAAGAACUGAAGAAGGCCCAGGAUAGGAAGCCAGAGGAAUAUUCCGGAGCCUUGGGCGAGGUGGCCUGUGAUGUCUGCACUGAGAGGAAACUCAAGGCCCAUAAGUCCUGCUUGCUGUGCCUGGCCUCAUACUGUGAGACUCACCUGCAAACCCACACCUCUGCAGACAGGCUGAAGGGUCACAGGUUGGUGGCCCCUGUGGAUGACCUGGAUGGGAGGGCCUGUCUGACCCAUGGUCGACCCCUGGAGUUGUACAGCAGGGCCGAGGGUCGUUGUGUCUGUGCCCUCUGCAUGGAGGAGGGUGACGAGGUUGUCUCCACAGAAACGGAGUGGGACAAGAAGAAGGGUGAGCUGGGCGGCAGCCUGGCUGAGAUGCAGGAAAGGAUCCUGGAGAGAGAGAGAAAGGCGGAGGAGAUCAGGGAAUCCAUGGACCUCUGCAAGGCCCAACUGGACAGGGAGAGGAGGGACAUAGACUCUGUGUUUGAAGUAGUGAUGACCACUGUAGAGGAGACCCGGCGAGAGGCUCUCAGGCCCCUGGAGAAGAGGCAACAGGACAUGGAGCGAGAGGCAGAAGAACUCACCCAAGAGCUGCAGAAAGAGAUCAGACAGCUGAGAGACAUCAUCGGUCAGCUGGAGGACGUUGCUAACCUAGAGGAUCACAUUCACUUCCUGCAGACCUUCCCAUCUCUGUCGGGGCUGGGUGACGGUAGAGACUGGACUGAGGUCUUACUUGAUACUGAAGUCUCCUUUGGUACCAUGAGAAGCAGCCGUUCAGCCAUGAUGGAGAAAAUUGAGCAGGAGCUUGAGAAGCUCUCCUCGAUUGAACUUGAGAGGAUCCUGAAGUUUGCAGUUGAUGUGACCCUGGACCCAGACACAGCCAACAUACAGCUGGUUCUCUCUGAGGACGGGAAAGAGGUGAGAGACGGAGGGAAGAUACAGGACCUCCCUGACCGUCCGGAUCGCUUUGAUCACUUCGGCAGCGUGCUGGGGCACAACAUGUUAACGUCUGGGAGAUCAUACUGGGAGGUGGAUGUCGGGAACAAGACGGGUUGGGAUCUGGGAAUUGCAAGAGGAGAUGCCAACAGGAAGGGGCAACUCUCUGUGAAUCCUACUAAUGGUUACUGGGCAAUAGUGCAUUAUAAUGGGGACCAAUACGGAGCCUUGGGGGACCCUCCUUUUCUCUUGUCACUGAUGGAGAAACCCCAGAAGGUGGGGGUGUUUGUGGAUUAUGAGGAAGGGUUGGUGUCUUUUUAUGAUGUGGAAGCUAAGGCUCAUAUAUAUUCUUUCACUGGGUAUUCCUUCACUGGGGAAAUGUAUCCAUAUCUCAGCCCACAUCUUCUGAAUGGGAAGAAGAACUCAGAUCCACUGGUCAUCACAGAAAUAAGCUGAUCAAUCAUUGUUUGGCAUUGAAGGUGAAAUACUUGUUUCAGGCUAGGAUUAGGGCUACAGCUAGGUUUAGGGUUGGGUUAGGGUCAGAUACAAAUGUUGUACUUUAUUACACAUAUAAAUAUUUGAAUUAAUAGUUUUGUACACCGUGCCUUCAGAAAAUUCACACACUAUUUCCACAUUUUGUUGUGUUACAGCCCGGAUUUAAAAUGUAUUAUUGAAACGUUUUGUCACUUUCCUACACACAAUACCGCAUAAUGUCAAAGUGGAAUUAUAUUUUUAGAAACUUUUACAAAUUAAUAAAAAAUGAAAAUCUGAAA